UUCCUUGCCAUCCAAAAACCCUCAAACACUACAAUGUUGAUAAUUUAAGCCAAGAAUCCGCCUCCUUCUCCUCCUCAUGUCUUCCUCUCCCUAUUGACGAAUACCAAACAAAACCCUUUGGAGAUUUCUUCGUGUUUUCCUCCUCUGACUGGAUAUGGCUUUGGACCCAACUUCAUGUCUGAUGAUUGAUGACGACAUUCUCAACUUUUCUUUGGAUGGCGAAGAUGACGACUUAGACGAAGAACACAACACCACCAAACCCCUUUCUUCUUCCUUGAAUUUUUCAAAACCUAACAGUCAAGACCCAGAUGAUUGGAGCCGUUCGUUUCCUGAAUUUGCAGAGGAAGACCUUGAGUGGCUGUCAAACAAAGAUGCAUUUCCAGCUGUUGAGACCUGUUUUGACCUCCUCUCAAACCCGACCGUAAUCGUUGUUGAUCACCAGAGCCCGGUUUCGGUUCUUGAGAACAGCUCCAGCAGCAGCAACAUGAGCAACAGCAAUAGCACCAUUACAAACUGCUGUGGCAGCCUUCAGAUUCCGAUUAGUUAUCCGGUCCGAAAACGAUCCAAGCGUAGGCGCAGAAGGCGAAGAGGUUUCCCGGAGUUACCAAACCAGCAAUGCUGGUGGUGGAACCAAGUAAACCUGAAAAAACAAGAACCGCCACCUCCACCGUCCCGGUUUUCGCCACCGUCACCGCCAACUGCCGUCACCGCGAGCGCCACCGGCAUUGGUAGAAGGUGCCAACAUUGCUUAGCGGAGAAAACCCCACAAUGGCGAGCGGGUCCAAUGGGCCCCAAAACUCUGUGCAAUGCAUGUGGGGUCCGGUAUAAGUCGGGCAGGCUGGUGCCAGAGUACCGGCCGGCAAGCAGCCCGACUUAUUCAAGCGUGCUGCAUUCAAAUUCACACAGGAAGAUUAUGGAGAUGAGAAGGGAGAAGCAGGACGAUGGAGGGAAGACAGCUUGUGGAUAUGGAGUUGGGUAGGGUUAAUUGUGUGAGAAAUAAUAGUUAGAAUUAGGAGUUGUUUGUAUGUUUGGUAGCAUGCCGUUGAUGUAUUUCUUGAGCUUCAUUAUUUGCAUUGUAUGAGUAUUAGAUUUUGGUUAGAAAAAUCAGAAAGA